AUGCUUACCUGGCCGAAGGGGCUGCUGCAGCUGCUUCUGCUCCACACCGCCUGGAAAAUGGGGAGCGGCCAGCUCCAUUAUUCUGUGCUGGAGGAAUCCCAGCACGGCACCUUUGUGGGCCGCAUCUCCCAGGAUUUGGGGUUGGAGGUGAGUGAGCUGGUGCCUCGGAUGUUCCGGAUGCUGUCCAAAGGAGAGAAGGACUAUUUUGAGGUAAACCUGCAGAAUGGGAUCUUGUUUGUAAAUUCCCGGAUAGACAGGGAGGAGCUGUGUGCCAAGAAUGCAGACUGUGUCCUUCAUCUGGAGGUGAUUGUAGAGAAACCUCUGAGGUUCUUCCAUGUGGAGGUUGAAAUCAAAGACAUUAAUGACAAUGCUCCCAUCUUCUCUACCAUGGAAAAGAUCCUGAGCAUAUCAGAACUGAUGACAGAUACUCGAUUCUCCUUAGAGGAAGCCUCUGAUGCAGAUAUUGGUACUAAUGCUGUGUUAACUUACAAGCUCAGCCAAAACAACCAUUUUGCUGUUGAUUCAGGAAAUGAUGAAGAUGAGAGUAAAUCUGUAGUACUUCUAUUGAAGGUUCCUCUUGACAGAGAGGAGAGCCCUGUGCAUCAUUUAGUACUGACAGCAACUGAUAGGGGUGAACCAAAACUCACAGGAACUGUUCAGCUAGUCAUCAAUGUGCUGGAUGUCAAUGACAACCCUCCUGUGUUUAACCAAUCUGUUUACAGGAUAAAGUUGCUAGAAAAUACAGCUAGUGGGUCAUUAGUUAUUACUCUGAAUGCUACAGACUUAGAUGAAGGGAUUAAUAGAGAAGUUUAUUAUUUUUUUAGUAAUAACCUACCACAAAAUGUCAGAAAUACAUUUAGUAUAAAUUAUAAUACUGGGGAAAUCAUAGUAAUUGGAAAGUUGGAUUAUGAAGAUAUUAGUUUCUAUGAACUUCAAAUUGUGGCAGAAGAUAAGGGUACUUUAUCUGCACAUUGUAAAGUUCUCAUUGAAGUAUUGGACAUAAAUGACAACAUUCCAGAAUUAUCUGUGAAUUCUCUCUCUGUGCCAUUGCCAGAGGACUCCCCUCCAGGGACUGUGGUAGCCAUUCUCAGUGCUUCUGACAGGGAUUCUGGCAACAAUGGACAAAUAAACUGUUUCCUGUGGCCCACUGGAGUACCCUUCAAACUCGAGUCCACAUUCAAGAAUUACUACUCCCUAAUUGUUGGAUCACCUUUGGAUAGGGAGCAGGUGGCUGAGUACAGGAUGGUUGUGACAGUGAAAGAUCAAGGCAUUCCACCACUGUCUUCUAGCAUCACCCUCUUGGUGCCUUUGAGUGACAUAAAUGACAAUGCACCUGCUUUCACACAGUCAUUCUACACGGUCUUUGUGAAGGAGAACAAUCCUCCUGGUGCUCACAUCUUCACAAUAUCUGCUGCAGACCCAGACAUAGCUGAGAAUGGUCUGAUCACCUAUUGGAUAGAUGAGAAGCUCUGGCCAUUGUCAAGCUACAUCUCUGUACAUUCGGAGAGUGGAAAACUUUAUGCUUUGCAGUCCUUGGACUAUGAGGAUCUGAAACUGCUGGAGUUCCAGGUGAGAGCCAAGGAUGCUGGACUUCCCUCCUUAUGUGGCAAUGCAACUGUUCAAGUCUUCGUGAUGGAUGAGAAUGACAAUGCACCUGUUGUGUCAAGAUCAUCAGAAGAGAACCUGAUUCUUCUAGUGGUCCCUUUGAUGCCUGGGCAUAUUGUAGGCAAGAUCCAUGCCUUGGAUGCAGAUUCUGGGUACAAUGCAUGGCUAAGAUAUGAAUUGGUUGAAGAAAGCAAUGGCUCAUGGUCAGUGGGACUGUAUAGUGGUGAAGUGAGUACCAAACAUUCUCUGGAUGAAUCAGAAGGAAGCAAAAUCCAGAGUGUGUUGGUUCUGGUGAAGGAUCAUGGGAAGCCUCAGCUCUCAGCCACAGCUACCCUGAGUGUUUCAUUGUUGACAAAUUCCCAGGCCAUCAGGACAGAUAUAUAUGUCCACCGAUCAGGGGAGAGCUUUUUGCCCCUGGUGGACUCGAUCAACGUCUAUCUGAUCAUUGCCAUCUGCUCUGUUUCCAGCCUCUUUUUGCUGGCUAUUCUCAUCUAUGUGGCCUUGCGAUGCCACUGCAAGCCAAAAGAAACCAUGGUUUAUGGCCCUGGUAUGGCCACCCUGGUCUGUACCAGUGGAGUGGGAAGUUGGUCCUAUUCCAAUCGUCACAGCCAUAUUCUGGCCGGAGUAAAUACAGAAUGUGGUGCCAAGAGUGACCUCAUGAUUUUCAGUCCCAAUGCUCCUGAGGGGCCAUCUACAAGUGACAAUCCAAAACCACCCAAUCCUGAUUGGCGUUAUUCUGCAUCUUUACGAGCUGGAAUACAAGGUGCUGUACAUAUGGAAGAGACAGGAGGCCUGCGUGUUGGAUCAGGAGCACCUGAGCAACAGUGGCCAACAGUAUCCAGUGCAACAACUGAACCUGAAGCUGGUGAAGUGUCCCCUCCAGUGGGAGCUGGCGUGAACAGCAACAGCUGGACUUUCAAAUAUGGGCCUGGCAAUUCCAAGCAGCCAGGCCCAAGUGAGUUGCCAGACAAGUUCAUUAUCCCAGGAUCCCCUGCCAUCAUCUCCAUUCGUCAAGAUCCACCAAAUAGCCAAACUGAUAAAAGUGACUUCAUAACCUUUGGCAAGAAGGAAGAGACCAAGAAAAAAAAGAAAAAAAAGAAGGGAAACAAGGCUCAGGAUAAAAAAGAAAAGACCAACAACACCACUGACAACAGUGAUCAGUGAGGGGUUUAUACUGAACAAUCGAUUAGCCAAUUUUUGCAAUUUGGAAGAGCUCUCCCAUGUAGCAACUCCCAACUUCUUCCUACUGUUAACUAAUUUUCUGUAUGUGCAAGACUUCAAAAAUCUGCAGGGAAUUCACAAUGUCUUUUGCUUAACAGGUUUUUUUCUUGAAAGCUUUAUCACACCUGACAUUAACUAUUAUUCUCUACCCUGUCUUAUUUUCAGAUUAUUAAAAAAAGCAGAUUUGUUUCUUUUCUCCUACUCUGGAAAAAGAAACUUUUCACAACAUAGCCCAAGCAAAAUUGGAGUCUGUAACCCUAUCCUGAUGACAUAUAUGGGGGUGGAGAGUUAAACAGUUUUGUUAUUGUGCACCCUGUAACUGACUGAAAACUCCUUGCACUGAUGGCUGGCUGGGUGAUGCAAGGUCAGGUUAAUAUGAUGCAAAAGCACUCAUAAAACAUGAACAAAUUACUUGUUAAAUCAAUGUGCCCGGAGAUCUACCUUAAAUUUGUGAUUAUUUUGUAUUCCAUCAGAUUUAUUCAUGUAUGUUGUGAGUGCAAGCUUUUCUAUAUUUUAUAUGCACACUCCAGCAAAAAAAAAACCAAGUUUAACUCAGACAACUCAUAUGAGAAACCAUGAGGUAUGUCUGCUUCCAAGCCAUUGACCAUAUUGCCGCAACAAGGCCUUUGAUCUCCUAGCAAGGAUGUCCCUCAGGGAACGUCUGCAUGGCAACCUCCCAGAUCCUUGACUCUCUAGUGUAGAGCUAAACAAGGUGUGUGGAAAAUCUCCCUCUUGGGGAAAAAAAAACACAAGUAACUUUGGAGAGUGGGGAUUCCUUAUUCCUAUCUUGUAUGCAGCUGUGUGGAUAGAAGUGUCUAUAAUCCAGACAACUGAAUGUCCCGCUGGGGACAUUGUCCAAGGCUGUUAUGAAACCACCAUGCUGAAAAGCUCUCAGAGUUUAACAAAGGAAUUAAGGGCUGGCAUCUCAGGAAUGUAAAUGACUGUGAUGUUUCCUUUAUGCCCUUGUUUCCACUCUAUUUAACAUUCCUUUGCACAGAGCAUCUCUGAAAAUAUCAGAGUAUUUCCAUAAAACAUAUGCAAAAAUAUAGAAGGAAGUAGUCUUAUCCAUGCUAUUAGUGAUUUAAUAUAUUUAUAAAGGGAGAAUAGCUGUAA